CCAACAGCUGAGCUCCGAACAGUCAGAGUCAGUAAGAGUCGUGUAUGUAAGGUCCCCCGAGGUCCCCCGAGGUCCCACUAGACGCGUCUGUCUGUCUGUCUGUCUGUCUGUCUGUCUGUCUGCUAGAAGCGGGAUCCCAUCAAAACAUCAUGGCCAUGCAAAUCAUUCGCAGCUCGUGGGCUCGAUGUGCCCGUCCCUGUCUGUCCUCUGGCGUGGCUGGUCCCUCCGCCAGUCGAGUCAUGUCUUCCCACCACGGAGAAGGGGAUGAGGCCCAACCCCCGGUCCGCCCGCCUCCUUGUCAGAUGGAUAACCUCAUGGAUAUUGGCAGUCGAUCCAUCUUCAACGAGGACCAUGACAUGUUCCGCGAAAGUGCCCGCCGAUUUAUGCGCGACGAAUUGGCCCCCUUACAAAUGGAGUUCGAGGACAAAGGCCAGCCUUCCAAGGAGAUAUGGGCCAAGUUGGGCCAGCAGGGUCUUUUGGGAACGAGCAUCAAGGCCGAGGUGGGUGGCAUCGGCGGAUCCUUCAAAGACGAAGCUAUCGUGUUGGAGGAACAGGCCUAUGCUCAUUGCGCCUCACCCGCCAUCACGGUUCACUCGACCAUCGUGAUCCCGUACUUCCAGAACUACGGCACCCCCGAGCAACAGGAGAAGUAUAUCCCGGACUUGGUGGCAGGCCGCCGCGUGGCUGCCAUUGGCAUGACCGAACCCGAUGCCGGAUCAGACUUGCAGGGCAUUCGCACCAACGCUAAAGCUGACGGAGACGACUUUAUUCUCAAUGGGAGUAAAGUGUUCAUCACCAACGGGAUUGUGGCUGACGUGCACGUGAUUGUGGCCGUCACGGAUCCCAAUGCCAAAUCCAAAGCCCACGGUAUCACGUUGUUUGCGGUGGAAGAUGGCAUGCCGGGCUUUAAGAAGGGCAAGAACCUGAAGAAAAUGGGACUCAAAGGCCAAGAUACGGCGGAGCUCUUUUUGGAGGAUGUUCGUGUGCCUAAAUCAAACAUAGUAGGGGGCUUGAACCGAGGCUUCUAUCAGCUCAUGAAUGAAUUGCCCCAAGAGCGUUUGGGCAUUGCCAUUACCUCGAUUGCCGCCUGCGAAUGGAUGUUUGAGGCCACCCGUGACUACCUCAUCAACCGGAAAGCCUUUGGCCGAACUGUGUCUGAUUUGCAGACCGUCCAGCACAGAUUAGCCGAGAUGAAAACAGCCACGGCAGUGUGCCGAUCCUUCAUCGAUGAAUGCAUUCAACUCCACGACAGCAAGUCCUUAAGCAACGAGACGGCCUCCAUGGCCAAAUACUGGGCCACUGAUUUAGAGAACACGGUGGCGGCUGAGUGCGUUCAGUUGCACGGAGGUUGGGGAUACAUGUGGGAAACUCCCAUCGCCCGAUCGUACGCUAACGCUCGGGUUCAAACUAUCUAUGGUGGCACGAAUGAAAUUAUGAAAGAACUGAUAGCCAGAAGCAUUGUCAAAAGAUGAAAAGUCAAACGUAUACUGAUGCAAUUAGAGUAGUAGUCAGCAAAAUGAAUAAAAACAUAAAUUGAUCUAUCUAUAAAUUGGCGAAAAAAAAAGCAAAUGACCUAAUCCUCCCUUGCCACUUUUGUUUCAGA